GCCCCUGGAGACCCCCAGCCCUCCUGUCCUUAAAGCCCUGGAGGCAGAGGUCAAACAUCUCCACACUAAACUGAAGAGCUCCAAGGCGGAGGUGACGAGCCACACGUCAGCUAACAAAGCCCUGCGAGCCCAGCUGCUGGAGAGAGAGGAGAAGCUCAGAGAACUGCAGGAGAAGGUGAUCCACACAGAGAGAGACGUGCACAUGAAGAGGCAGCUGGUGGAGGAUUUGAAGACCAGGAUGAAGUUCCUCCUGGAGACUGAGAAGACGCACAGAGGACUGGUGGAGGAGCUGGAGAAGAAAGUGAAGACCUUGACAGAGGAGGCCACUAACAGGAAGGCCUUUAUAGACUCUCUGAAGAGGAGGCUGAGUGUAGCCACUAAAGAGAAGAGUCAGUAUGAGACGACCUGUCAGGAUCUCAAGGAGGGCCUGGACAAGAAGGAGCAGUGUGUGGAGGCCCUGCAGGCCCGUGUGAGGGCCAGUGAGCGGGCCCAGGCUGAGCUGGAGCAGACAGCAUCCCGUCAGAUGGAGGGUCUGGCCCAGCAGAGCACCGUGACCCUGGAGGCCCUGCACAGACGACUGGGCCUGGCCCACACACAGCUGGAGCAGCUACAAGCCUUCACUAAGGCUCUGGCAAGCGAAACUCUCCGCGAGGUGCAGGACGCCAAAUCGCAGCUGAGGAAGAACAGGAAGAUGGCGGAGAAGAAGAAGGCAGUAGGUGCCGGAGGGCUGUCCAAGCAGUCCAUGGUCAAGGCCCAGUCCAUUGCUGCGUCCAUCCUCAACAUGACCGAGAUGGACCUGGCUGAAAUGCUGGACACCGAUGAGGAGGAGGAUGAUGUGGCAGCAGACAGCAGGAGAGACCAGGAGUGGCUGGACCAGGUCAUGAAGAUCCUCCAACAACAGAUCCCCUCUGCUGCUCUCCUAAUGGAGGUGCUGUGUGUGAAGAUGAAGGAGAGGAAAGUGCUGACAGAAGCGCUGGCCGCGCUCACAACACCAGUCAGCGAAAUCGCCUGACUCCCACUCCGGGGCUGAGGGCUGCGGCUGGGAAAAACUGUCAUCCUCUUACUCUCCUCCUCCUCUUCUCUCUCCAUCCCUCCUUCGUGCCCAGGCCUUUCUUUCUCAGCGGGGGCUGAGUUGGCCAAGUCGACCUGAAGUUGCUCUCUGUGUGUGUGUGUGUGCGUGAGCACGCACGUGUAUGAAGUUGCCUCAACGCCGCGCUUCCAGAACCAAUAUUUACGAGAAAAGCGCUGUCGACUCACUCCGAGCCACUCGCUCACGCAGCGGUCUAGUGCCGUGCCGGGGCCCAGCCUUUGUAAAUGAGCCCCCAACAUCUGCGUUAGUGGUUAGCGCGCUCCAUCUGCGAGACAGGGCCCUUUAGCGUCAGGCUAAUUUACAGUACAGAGACAAACGCUCACUCUCUUUCUCUCCCUACUCCAAACGCCAUCCUGAGGUGAUGAUAACAUUAUGCUUACGUUUUUACUUCAACUGAGACAUGAUUUGUUAUGUUUUUUUUAUUUUGAUAUUUUCAGUAAUUUAUUGUGGAUCUCAAGGACCCCCCAGGGUGCUCGGAGUGGGACCUGACCCAACAGUGCAGACUCAACGAAAGAAAAAGUAUCCUCUUAAAGUAAGAAGCAGACAUACUCUCUCUCCUCUUAGGAUAUACUGGACUCAAACCCGACACAUGCAUUCCAUGUCCCAUUUGGACCGGUUGGAUUCCAUUGUUCCGUUCACGUUUCAGUGACCAAAUGCUCUUAACGUCAAUGAUAUCAUAAAAUAUACAUUUUGUGUGUUUUGUUUGUCUAGGUAUAUUCUGAAAUGUAUUUUAUUUCAGGAUACUAGUAGACAUUUGUGUGUUCACUUCAUACGGUAUUUCGCAAUAGGUAAUUAUGUUAUAUUGUUAAUUGAUUGAAACUGAAUUGAAAUAAAAGUGUGUUGCCAAUUGUU